AAAGGAACUGCAAACAAACUGGGCUGAAACCUUUCUUUGUUCAAGCCCAGCCUUUUCUUCCUGUGAUGUCAUAUUACAAAUCGAGCAAGCCUCUCUUUUUCUCUUCAGAGAAAGCUCGUCUCACGACACAGCUGGCAACUGAGGAAAGGCCUCCGAGUCAGCAGGAGCGAACACGCUUAGGAAUUUAUUUUGGAACCUUUGAAAGACUCCUCUGCUUACCCCUAUCUGGGAUCCACUGCAGGAAUACCGAAAAGGAAAACUUCAUUUAAAAGGUGUAAGAAAUAAGUGAGAUUGAACUGGGAAUGUUUAAGUCUCAGAAACUUUGCAUUGAAAAGCAAAAUGUGAUUGCUAACUUCAGCUUAAACAUUCUGCAGCAUAAAGAAACUUUCAUUUUGGAAUAUUCAUCUUGACCACGGAAACCGAAGUUUACAGGAUGAGGAGUUUUACUCCGUGUCAGAACACAGUUUUUAUUUAAACUUUAUAAUCCAAUGGAUUGGCUUCAUAGUGUUUUUAAUACGAAGCCCUGGGAUCACAGAUCUUCUGGAGACUUGAAAAUGAAAAUCUUUUCUUGUUGAAGAAUCAAGUGGAAACUUUAUAGCAACAAACUUCAUGUUUCUUUCGGAAGAAAAAGAAAUAUUUGUAAAAUCUUGCAAAGAUCCAAAGGAUUUGCAAAUACACUGGAGGUUACAAAGUAAUCACGAUCUGAAUAUCAAAGGAGACUGUUGCUGACCAAAGGACUUCAACACUGUAAACUGGACGUGCCUUUAGAAUGGUAAGCAAUAACAGCUCUGACUGCAUAUAUAAUGACUCCUUUAAGUACACCUUGUAUGGGUGCAUGUUCAGUAUGGUGUUUGUGCUUGGGUUAAUAUCCAACUGUGUCGCCAUAUAUAUUUUCAUCUGUACUCUCAAAGUGCGGAAUGAAACAACAACAUACAUGAUUAACUUGGCAAUGUCAGACUUGCUUUUCGUUUUUACUUUACCCUUCAGGAUAUUUUACUUUGCAACAAGGAACUGGCCCUUUGGGGAUUUACUUUGUAAGAUUUCAGUGAUGUUCUUUUAUACCAACAUGUACGGAAGCAUUCUGUUCUUAACCUGUAUUAGUGCUGAUCGGUUUCUGGCCAUCGUCUACCCAUUUAAGUCGAAGACGCUGAGAACCAAACGAAAUGCAAAAAUCGUUUGUAUUGCUGUGUGGUUAACUGUGAUGGGAGGAAGUGCACCAGCAGUUUUUGUUCCAUCUCCGGGUAACAAUACUUCAGCAACCUGCUUUGAAAAUUUUCCAGCAGCUACAUGGAAAACCUUUCUCUCAAGGAUUGUAAUUUUCAUAGAAAUAGUGGGGUUUUUUAUUCCUCUCAUUUUAAACGUAACUUGUUCUAGUAUGGUGCUGAGAACUUUAAAUAAACCUGUAACAUUAAGUAGAAGUAAAAUAAAUAAAACUAAGGUUUUAAGAAUGAUAUUUGUACAUUUGGUUAUAUUCUGUUUCUGCUUCGUGCCUUACAAUAUCAACCUUAUUUUAUAUUCUCUUAUGAGAACACAGACGUUUGUCAAUUGCUCAGUGGCAGUAGCAGUAAGGACCAUGUACCCAAUCACUCUCUGCAUUGCUGUUUUAAACUGUUGCUUUGACCCUAUCAUUUACUACUUCACGUCGGACACGAUUCAAAAUUCAAUAAAAAUGAAAAACUGGUCCAGCAGGAGAAGUGACUCCAGAUUCUCUGAAGUUCAAGGCACAGAAAACUUUAUUCAACAUAACCUACAGAUGUUGAAAAAUAAGAUACCUGACAAUGAAUCUACAAUAUAAGCUGUAUGAAAUAAGAACACCAGGACUUUACUGGGACAGAACCUCCAAGGUCCUUCAACUGUGAAAAUUGUUUUCCUGGACAACAAUUUUUCCACCUCAGAAAGAAAAUAAACACGUGGACAUUUAAAAGUUUUUAGUAUUAAAAAAGUAUUUGAUGUGUUAGGCAUUAAAAUGUAUUCUGUUCUUGUAUACACUCAGUUUUAUUUUUCUGAGCCACUUUGAUUUGUACCUUUCUCUUCAUUAGAAAAAAAAAUCUCUAGAAAAGUUGUUCAAAAUAUAAAAGUAAUCAUGAUUUAAGUCAUGUGAUAACCAUGUGUAUGGUCUUUGAAUAUCAGUGAUUUUAUACUAAAUAUUUAACAAAUAUUAAAAUUUUCAUUUAAGUGUUUAAUACCUUUAUUCAGUAUACAUCUAAUUUUGAUUUCAGUCUUAAUUGAAUCUCUAAUCAUGUUUCUUAAACUAUAAUAACAUAAAUGAGAACGAGUUAUUUAAAGAAUCUGUAAGUGUCUUUAGAGUAUUUUUCAAAAAGACAGUAAAAAUGUCUUCUGUAGAAUGACAUACUGACACUAUCUGAGGAUGUCGAGCAGUUACACUUACAGAUAAUAUUUAGGAUUUUGUCUUGGUAUGCAAUUUGUAAAAAGCAGAAACUGUAUAAAUAGAAUAGUAUACUUUAAAAUUACACUUUUGGUUCAUUUUCUGCAUUUAACAGCACUCAACUUAAAAACAAUGUAUGUUGUGGAAACUAACAAAAUGUUAUUUUGCUAAGUAAAUUUUAAAAAAUACUACUACAGUAUAUUUUAAAGGCAUAUUUAUGUCACAAUAAGUAACUUGUUUUUUAAGUAUUUUAGUUCAGAGAAAUAACAUAUAAUACUUGACACUUAGACAGUGAUCAGUACAUAUGUUUUGAUUAUUUAAGGCAAACAAAUUUUUAAAUGUCUAGAAAUUUGUAUUUUCCCUUUACAGUCAAUUAGUACUUUUUUCCAUAUAGAAUUUCAGGUUUACAAUCAUUAUCUUUCUGAACUUUUGAGGCCUUGAUCCAUCUUUCUUUAAAUUGCAAGGCUGUUAAGUCAAAUAUUGAAUAGCUGAACAAUAUUAUUGCAGGUAGACAAGAUGUUAUUGUAUGUCAAAAUAACUUGUGAAGUAAGGACACAGGUCCUUCCAUAAAAAGCAGCAAAACUAGAGGGUCAAAUAACUAAGUACAAUUACAUUUUCAUUUUACUAAACAUAAAUAAGGUAUCGCGUUAAGCUAAAAUUUAGAUAUGAAGCACUAUCUACACUAAAACGCUUUCAUUUUCCAACAUAUCUUUUCCCCAAAUUCAAGCAGUUUUCCAAAGUUAACUAAAAAAAUUAUUUAUUAGCAUUCAAUCUAUCUGAUUUUCACAUUUUCAAUCUUUCAAGUCCUAAAUACAAAUUUGGAUAAACAAAACACUCUCUGUUUUAAGGUUUAAGUUUGAAUUUCGCUGUUCUCUGGGUCUGAGCUACAAUGGCUUCAAAUAAAUCACAGAAGUAAGCUCAUUUCAAAACUCACUUCAAAAAAAAUGACAGUGGAGGACUUUCUUGCUAGUAAGUGAUAGUCUCCUUUAAAUGAACCUAAAACAAAAUAAAUCCUUUAAAAAGAAAACUAGUGAAGAAAUUAAACAUAGCUCUUUAUAUCCCAAGAGAAGUAUAUAGGUUGUAAAGAUGUUUUCUUCAAUUGACCCUGAAGUGCCUUUAUUUGAUACCAUUCUUCAGGAAAAAAAAGAAAACAAAUAUAUUUAGCACUCUAAACAUAUAUUUUUGAGUUGGAAAGCAACUAACAAUUUAAUAAUACAGAAGAAAGGUGUAGAGUUUGUAACAGAUUUCAAAGAAGUUUUCUUGGAUUAAGUAUCUGAGCAAGAAUUCAAAAGCAUGGAUAUUAUUUUAAAAUAUAAGCAAAAAUAGUCAUCAGAUAGUUGUUACUACUGGAGAAAUUUUUGUUGCCUGCUUGUCAACAGGAAGAUGAAUCAGAAAAUUUGUAAGAUUCUUCUUGAAUACAUAACAGACAAACAUUAGUUUUCCUCAACUACAACUUCAAAUCCUAGGUAAAUCUUAACUACAGGGACAAAGAGGGUGCAAAAGUUAUUUUUCUCUGUUGGUUUUGCAUUUUUAAGUAAAUUAUACAUUCAGAGGGUUAUCUCUUUCCCUUUUACCCAGAAAAUCUGUUUUAAGAAAACUCAGAAUUUACUUUUUGUUUCCUUAGAAAGACAAUACUAGCCCUCCCUCCCCCAAAACUGCCCACUGUUUUUUACAUCUUUAUAAAAGAGUAGAUGAUUUACCUAAUCUUCCUUUCUGUAUUAAAGUAAAAGAAGUAAGAUGAAAAGUUUUCAAGUGUGUAAAACCACUUUCCAGCAUCCUAAGGAUUUCGAACUUAGAAGUGAUCUUUUCUAAGAAAAUCAACCAAGUAGCUAGUUUACCAAAAGAAUGUAUGAAAAUAUAUGUAUUAUAUCCACAGAAAAUUAAAAGGAACUUAAGG